AUGUCACGCUGCAGUGACAGUGAUGAUGUCACAGUGAUGACGUCACAGCCCUCUGACGUCACCGUCCCUCAGGGCUGGCAUUCCCCAAGGCUGGCGUUCCCCGAGUGGGCGUACAAGGCGGAGUCGAGCCCCGGCUCGCGGCAGAUCCAGCUGUGGCACUUCAUCCUGGAGCUGCUGCGGCAGGAGCAGUACCGCGAGGUCAUCGCCUGGCAGGGCGACUACGGCGAGUUCGUCAUCAAGGACCCCGACGAGGUGGCGCGGCUCUGGGGCGUGCGCAAGUGCAAGCCCCACAUGAACUACGACAAGCUCAGCCGCGCCCUCAGGUAUUACUACAACAAGCGGAUCCUGCACAAGACCAAGGGCAAGAGAUUCACCUACAAAUUCAACUUCAACAAACUGGUGCUGGUCAACUGCCCCUUCAUCGACCUGGGGCUAGCAGGGCCCCCGCUGCCGCAGAGCGCCCCCCCCCUGCCCACGGGGGGGUCCCACUUCCGCUUCCCCCCCCUGCCCGGCCCCUCCCCCGCCGAGGGCCUCUCCCCCCCUCCCCCACCCCUCCCGCAGCCCGAGGGUGGGGGAGGGGCGGGGGCCCCGCUGCUGGCCCCUCCCCACUCGCCCUUCCCCCCCCCCCCCCCCCCCCACCGCCGCCUGGGCUCGCUCAGCGACGGCUCCGAGGAGCCCGAGGAGCCGCCCCUCCCCCACCCCGCGCUGGCCCCGCCCCCCCCGCUCAGCGCCCCGGGGGGAGGGGGGGGGAGGGGGAGGAGGGGGAGGAGGGGAGGGGGGUUCCGCCCCCUCCCCCACCACCACCCCCACCCCGCCCCCCCCCGCCUGACCCCCGAGGGGCUCUUCCGCCUCUACCCCUCCCCCCGCGACCCCCCCUUGAGCCCCUUCCCCCCCUCCCCCUCCCCGCUGGGCGGUGGGGGAGGGGCGGGGGGCGGGCUCCUCCCCCCUCCCCUCAGCCCCGCCCUCCCCCUCAGCCCCCCCCAGCUGGGUUACGCCCCCUCCCCCACCCUCAGCCCGCUGCUGGGGGGGUUGGGCGGGGGGGGUGGGGGUGGGGGAGGGGGAGGGGGUGGGGGAGGGUCGCACUUCUCCUUCUCGGCCGAGGACCUGCAGCGCGCGCUGGCGGCGCAGGCGCGGAGCGUGCUCAGCUACCACCUGAGCCCGCGCGCCUUCCUGCCCUGCCCCCCCCCCGCGCUGCUGCUCCGCCCCUCCCCCACCCCCGCCGACCCCUCCCCCACCCCCCCAUUCCCCUUCAAGCUCCAGCCCCCCCCGCCGGGCAGGCGGCAGAGGAACCCCCCCGCCCCUCCCCCACCACCGCCGCCAUCAUCAUCGUCAUCCUCAUCGUCGUCGUCGUCGACGUCAUCAUCUACGUCAUCGUCGGCGGGGGGAGGGGGCGCGGCCGAGCCCCUCCCCCACAUCAAGGUGGAGCACGAGGAGGAGGAGGAGGAGGAGGAGGAGGAAGCGCUGGAGGUGGCGGCGCUCAGCGGGGAGGAGGAGGAGGAGGAGGAGGAAGACGAGGAGGGGGAGGACGAGGUGUUCGCCCCUCCCCCACCCCCUCCCCCACCCCCCCCCAGCGCCCCCUCCCCCCCCCGCGUGCCGCUCAAGCUGCGCUUCAAGCGGCGCUGGAGGGAGGGGGGCGGGGGGGGAGGGGCGGCGGGGACCCCUCCCCCCCAGCCCGCGCGGGGUGGGGGAGGGGCGGGCGACCCCCAAAAUUUGGGGGGUGGGGGAGGGGAGCUGCAGCGAGCCACGGCGCAGCUCUCGCUGGAGCCCUGAGGGGGGGGGGGUGGGGGAGGGGCUGGGGGGGGUGGGGGGAGGGGCAAUGAGCCUUAAAAGGAGUGGGGGGGAGGGGUUGGGUUGGGGGGGGGGAGGGGCAAAGCUGCCUGAACCCGCCCCUCCCCCACCCCCCCCCACUUCACCCCACCCAAAGAUUUGGGGUGCGCCCCUCCCCCACCCCGGGAUGUGGGGGAGGGGCUUUGUGCAGGGAAUGGGGGGAGGGGCGGCGCUGGAAGCCCCUCCCCCAAUUUUUUUGGGCUGCCUUGGUGAUGGGGGGAGGGGAGGAGGGGGAGGGGAGAGGGGGAGGGGAACCCCCCCCCCCAAAAAAAAAAUAAAAAACGGGUGAAACCCCUCCCCCCACCCCGAAAUGGGGGAGACCCCAAAAAUGAAGGGGGAGGGGCUCUGGAAGGGGGGGGAGGGGAAGGUCCAAAAAAUGGGGGAGGGGCCGAAAAUCUGGGGGGGGGGUCGCAAAAAUAGGCGGGACCCCCCCAAAAACGGGUGGGACCCCCCAAAAUUGGGGUUUAAUCCCCCCAAAAACGGGUGAAACCCCCCAAAAUUUGGGCGGGAACCCCAAAAUUUGGGUUGGAUCCCCCCAAAAAGGGGCGAACCCCCCCCAAAAAUGGGCGGGAACCCCAAAAUUUUGGCGGGACCCCCGCAAAAAUUGGUGAAAUCCUCCAAAAAUUUGGGUUGGAUCCCCAAAAACGGGUGAAACCCCCCAAAAAUGGGCGGGAAUUCCAAAAUUUGGGCGAAACCCCCAAAAUUUGGCUUGGACCCCCCCCAAAAAUCGGCGGGAUGCCCCCAAAUUUUGGCUUGGACCCCCUAAAAAUGGGUGAAACCCUCCAAAAAUUUUGGCGGGAUCCCCAAAAAUGGGCGGGACCCCCCCAAAAUUUGGGUUGGAACCCCAAAAAAUGGGUGAAAAACCCCAAAUUUUUGGGGAGCUCCCCCCAAAAAUGGGCGGGAACCCCAAAAUUUCGCCAGGACCCCCCCCAAAAACGGGUGAAACCCCCCAAAAACGGGCGGGAUCCCCCAAAAUUUGGGCGGGACCCCCUAAAAAUUGGCGGGAACCCCCAAAAUUUGGGCGGGACCCCCAAAAUUUGGUGAAACCUCCCCAGAAAUGGGCGGGACCCCCCAAAAACGGGCGGGAUCCCCCAAAAUUUUGGCUUGGACUCCCCCAAAAACGGGUGAAAGCCUCAAAAAAUGGGCGGGGACCCCCAAAAUUUGGCUUGGACCCCCCAAAAUUUGGUGAAACCUCGCCAAAAAACGGGGGGAACGCCCCCAAAACGGGCAGGAACCCCCAAAAAACGGGCGAAACCCCCAAAAUUUGGUUUGAAUUCUCCAAAAAUUUUGGUUUGGAUCCCCCAAAAACGGGUGAAACCCCCCCAAAAAUUGGCGGGAAUUCCAAAAUUUGGGCGGGAACCCCCAAAAUUUGGCUUGGACCCCCCCAAAAAAAUGGGUGAAACCCCAAAAACGGGCGGGAUCCCCCAAAAUUUGGGUUGGAUCCCCCAAAAUUUGGGCGGGACCCAUCAAAAACGGGUGAAACCCCCCAAAAAUGGGCGGGAUCCCCAAAAUUUGGGUUGAAUCCCCCCAAAAAUGGGUGAAACCCCCCAAAAAUGGGCGGGAUCCCCCAAAAUUUUGGCUUGGAACCCCCAAAAAUGUGUGGAAACCCCCCCAAAAAUUGGCGGGACCCCUAAAAAUGGGCGAAACCCCCGAAAAAUGGGCGGGAAUUCCAAAAUUUGGGCGGGACCCCCCAAAAAUGGGCGCGGACCCCCAAAAUUUGGGCGGGAACCCCAAAAAUUUGGUGAAACCUCCCCAAAAAAGGGGCGGGAACCCCAAAAUUUUGGCGGGAGCCCCUAAAAAACGGGUGAAAACCCCCAAAAUUUGGGCUAGACCCCCCAAAAACGGGUGAAACCCCCCCCAAAAAUUGGCGGGACCCCCCCAAAAUUUGGGUUGGACUCCCCCAAAAUUUGAUGAAACCUCCUCAAAAUUGGCGGGAACCCCCAAAAAUGGGAUAAACCCCCCAAAAAACGGGCGGGAACCCCCCCAAAAAACGGGUGAAACCCCCCAAAUUUUUUUGGACCCCCCCCCAAAAAAAAAAAAACGGGUGAACCCCCCC